UGAUUUAUCCUCGCACUGUCCAACCCGAUCGACCUCCCUCUCUCCUCUCACAACCCCCGGGAUCCUCGUUCUGAACGCUACUUUAUGGUCAUCACUCGAAGUCUGGUGGCAUGGAAUCUCAGGACGGAAUUUCCGUCCGGCCCAUGAGGCUGAAGGUGCUCUACACAUUCGAUGACGCGAGCAAAACGAACUGCCUAGCCCGAUGGCCUCACCUGCUCGAAAUCCAGACCGCUGCUCUGGACGAGAAGACGCUCAUCGGGGUCAUCGAGUUGAAAACUUGCAUUCAAGCCAUUGUGUCCGCUAGCCCCGAACUGGUGGCCAAACUGGGCCAGGAUUACACCGUCUACGCCUACGAUUACUCCGAAUAUGAGACGCCCUUGGUCGGGCAGGGGAUGCUCUCGUGGGUCCUCGCCUCGUCCUCGCCAACCCCCGAGGCUCCGGCCCAUCAGUCCCAGACCAUGGUGACCGGUCGGGUGUGCAAGAACGUCCUAGGCCUCUUCUCCAAGGGCGCUCAGGAGACGCUGGAGGUCAAGUUGCGGCUGGUGCCUGUACCGACGGUGAUGCAACGCGAGUAUCUAGACAGCAUCCAAAAGUACCGGGAUUUGAGCAACAACAUUCCCCAUGAAUUCGACGCACAAACGUGGACAAACUUUCUACGCCAAAAUCCUGCCUUGAUGAGUCCCUCGAUGACGGAGCCAGAUCGGACCGCGUCUCCCCUGGACCAUACCGGAAUCGAGCGGUUCCAUCGACUGCUCAGCGAGGGGUCCACCCCGCGAGAUUUUCCCGCCCUCUCAGCCCACGGCUCCUACCGUUCUGCAUCCCCGGCCAGCGUCUCCACCCCGGCGCCUUAUAUGUCUCAGUCGGGCGAACAGACACAACCAGGCCAGGCACCGCGACCGCAAUCACACGACCGGGCACAAGACGCCAUCCGCCCUUCGUCCAGUGCGUCGAUGCACGAUUCGGAUCUCCCCACCCAGGGGCGCUAUGCCAGCCGCAGGGGGUCGAUGCAGUCGGGCUAUGGCAGCGGCGAAGAGUCGAUGGACGCACAGCCUCGCAAGAGGGCCAAGCUGUAUCGGGCAACGGGGCCUGGUAAAUCGGACCUGAACAUUGAGCGGCAGCCCAGCUCCUUGCGGGUGGCUGCCAGUACUGCCGCCUCGGUGCGGAUCCAUCGCCCGACACCGGUGAAUCCGUCGCUUGCUGCAGUCGCUGCGAGUCAGGGUCCGCUCGAAGAACCUGUCCGCCCCCCCACUCCCAUUUCGCACGCACAAGACCUCCCUCGCCGCGAGCGUCCGCCCCCCAGCCUCCUGCGCGAGGCCUCGUCGGCCCAGAACAACGCGCAGUACAUGUCGCCUUAUUCGGCCAGUGACGAUCAACUACAUGGGGAUCUGCAUGGACACUCACCAGAAGAGUCCCGCUAUCAGGGUCUUUUCGAACCGUCGUUCAGCAUGCCGUCCUCACCCCCGGUCUUGGACUGCGGGCUUCCGAAUCGGUCCAGCCCGGUCCUCCCACCUAUGACCACGGAUUCAGGCUUCAUGAGUGGAGGCGUGGAAGAGAUCUUGGACGAGGACAUCGGUACCCCGUUGGAAGACUGCACGCGAUCCGUCUCUCAUCACAUGGCCGGGGAUAAAAACGCCACCCGACCUGCCGCUCAUACCAAUUCGCCCGUCGGUGGCCCUGCAACCCGGGAGCCGCAGGGAGAGUCUUGUCACCGUGGCGAUGCGCUCCCGGAGCAGCCUGCAGCCAAGGGCAUCGCUCCCGCCCCGGUCCGCGGCCCCCCGAGCAAUGCCGGCUCGAGACCAUCGUCCCGAGCAAGCUUUCGGCCGACCCCCAAGCCUCUGGCGCCAGCCCCGAUGUCACAGAGCGAAAUGGAGCAAAUCAUCAGCUCUAUUCCCGCCAGUGAUCCGGUGAUGCCCACGCAGGCUCACUCGUCCCAAGCCUGGGGUCCCAUGAGUGAUUUCUCUGCCGCCGAGACACCUGCCCCGCAGCCUGUCCCGGACGAUGCCAAAAGCCGCAGCGGAGCCGGUGCGCGCAGGCUGAAGCAGGUCCGAGAUCGUCUGGACAAGUGCAUCCAGAACGGUCAAGUCCCGCCCUACUGCGAGAAUUGCGGGGCGAUCGAGACUCCGACGUGGCGCCGUGCUUGGUCCAAAGAAUUUGAGGGGGAUGAGGAUUAUGCCAAUGAGCUCACCAAGGAUCGUACGAUGUUGUUCUGGCGCGCCGUAAAGCGAGACGACGAGGACAAGAUCAUCAAAUUCAAGGUGUACAAGAAGACCCUGGCCGACGAGGACAACGACUGGGUCCAGAUUCUUCUCUGCAACCCUUGCGGUCUCUGGUUCCAAAAGUUCAAGUCGAUGCGUCCCGAACACAAAUGGAACAAAGGCGUCGCGAACAAAAAGAAGCGGCCCUCGAGAAGCCGCAAAGGCGGUCCGCUCUCCAUCAACGGCACGGCGACGCGGAGCCGCAGCCGAGCCGAAUCAAAAGUUGACGGAUCCUCCCCUGGAGCCUCUGAUGCUUCCUCGCCCGCGGCGGACGACGGCACGACCCCAGCAGAUCACCAGACCGGGCGCGAAAACGACGACGACGUGCAGGAUCCUCCCUCCAAGAAACGACGAGCAAACAGCGCCGAACCUUCGCGAUCCUCGGAGAAAAGCCGUUGGGAGAACGAGGACCCCAUGGAAGCUCUCCGACGAGCGAUCCAGUCUAGCCCGGCUCGGAAUAUGGAAAACCGCAAGUCUGCAGCUGCGGGUGAGAGCAUUACUCCCAAGCCUGUAAGGAGAGCACUGUUUCCUAAUUCGCACGCGGACGGGGUUCCUUUCCGAGCCUUAGGCGAAGCGAUCCUGAACAGUCCUCGGCGGAGCCCUCGCAUUGCCACGCGCGGGUCAGAUAAAGGCGAGGACAAGGAAAAUGCCUCCGGCGACCUGGACAACCUGUUUGAGGGGAGUCCUUCGUUCGACUGUGACCUGCCAGCGAGUCCGACGCCGAAGCGGAGGCAGCCCCGCACCAGUGUCCCGGGCGAUAAGCGUCUGUCUCUGCCGUGCUCGCCGUCGUCGCGGCGCCGGAUGGCCAAUAUGGAGAGCCCCACGAAGCUCACCGCGCAGCGACUCCAGCGGAUCCAGAGCAGCCCAGGCACGCCGCGUCAGCGGACGCCCAAGCCGUUGCGUCAGCAGACGUCCGAACUGUCGUUGCCGACGGACGCAUUCCCCUCGGGCACCUUUGGCAUGGACAACGUGAUGGUGGACAUCUUCUCUGAGGACGCAGCGUCCGCGGUGCACAGCGACUCGCUGUUCGCGUUCGAGCCGUCGCGGUGCGCGUCCAGCAGCAACUGGCCGGAGUGGCUGCCGUCGGACUACGUGUCGCCGAACGGGUCGGAGGACGACCAGGGAGCGGGCGACGAGUCACGAGAUCUCAUCAACGCGAUCCUGGCGGACCCGGAGGUCCAGAAACAGAACCUGAACAAUCCCAGUUUCGAUCUGUUCAAUUUCACGGAUUCCAGCAUCCUGGACUCGGGAUUCUUCGGAUCGGAUGCGCUCAACAACGGUCUGAUGGCGGACAAGCCGGAGGAAUCCAAGGAGGGGGACCAGGCGAACACUAAUGCUUUAUGAUUGCUUUCUUUUCUGUCAUAUUUUUCUGUUGAUAUUAGCGAUGGCGUUGGGGUCGCCUACGGGUGAAAUGGCUCUAUUCUUU